AUGGCAUGUUCAGAUACUAAGGGUCGAGCUGAGUGGUUUCCAAGUCUCAAUCACUUGAAUGCAUCAGGUCGGAGUUUUUCCGAUCGAAUUGCGGUUCUAGAUACUCGUGGAUCUGGUACCAUUAAAAGUCGAUUGACAUGGCUCCAGACGCAAAAUUUUGAAGGGAUGUCAAAUGAUGGAACUCUCAAUCUUCAUGGAUUUGAUAUCCGAGUAGAUGCAAAAGAUAAGAAGCAAUUACACAUCGUUCUAGUAAACGAUCGUCCCUUUGAAGAUACGGGAAAAGCAGGCCCCUUCAACAAGCCCCAGGCAGAACCGAACAGUACGAUCGAGUACUUUACAACCACAUUGGGCAGCAAAACCAUGACUCACAAGCAAACUUUCGCCAAUACCAACAUUGAAACACCAAGACAUGUCGCUUGGGUCGAUGAGCAUCUGUUCAUGUUCACCAAUUCCCACAGUUCAAGAAGUAGCUCGAGAGGAUAUUCAGACCUCGUUCUAGGAGGCGGAAGCAUCGGCUAUUGUACGCCUCCUUCCACAGAAUGCGGAAUCACAAAAUCUUCCGUAAAUUUGAAAGUACCCAAUGGAAUAGCCCUUGGCCACGACAAUUUACUCUACGUCCCAUCAUCAAUAUCAGGCCAGAUCCAAGUGUUUUCCCUAGAAGCAGAGCAGUGUCUCCGAAAAGUUGAUACAAUCCACGUUCCAUUCCCAAUCAACAAUAUAAAUGUUGACAAAAAUGGAGAUAUCUACGCAGCCACCGUACCUGUUUUGCACAAAGCAAUCAAAAAUUCCCAAAAAAUUGAUGCGAAUAUCCCAAGUGCUGUGUUCAGGAUCAUGAAAUUGGGCGCAAUGGGAGAAGGAGAAGGAUGGGGUUGGAAUGUGGUUAAAAUGAUGGAAGACGAUGGAAAUACUUUACCCGCGACCACGGUAGCAGUGCAUGAUAGUGAGACUGGUAAAAUGUUCCUAGGUGGUGUUUUGGAUCCGUUCAUUUCGAUUUGCGAAAAAAUAGAUGGAAGGAGUUUUAGUGCACAGCUGGAACUGUUGAACUUUUGA